AUGGGAGAUCCAGAUCGAUUACAAUGGUAUUAUGUGGAUCGGACUGGCCAGGAGUUUGGUCCAUUUAGAACAUCGAAGAUGCGUUCCUGGUUUUCACAGGGCUUCUUCCCCAUCGGCGAUGAGCUCCUGGUCCGUCUUGGUGACUGGCCACCCGAGGCCAUCCAUGUGCCUUCAGAAUCUGGCCUCCACAUGCGCAGCCACGCAUAUGCUGGCGAAGUCUGUGGGAGCAAUGAGAGUUCAGAGAGUGGAGCACAAAUCUUGUUCCGACCUGCCAGUCGCACGUGGCAGCUUGGCUCUCAGACCUCUCGAAGACGGUUCAGCCGUGAUUGUAAGACUGCCAGACCUGUCUGUUGCAUGCUUCUGGGUACAUAUAUUAGCUACUCUUUCCAUAGUUUGAUGACUCCAGCUGUGCAACUCAACAGAUGCAUGUCAGAUCUGACAGACUCUUGUGUCAGUUUGUUGCAUCGAUAA